AAAGUGUAAUAUCAAAAGGGCAGAAUCCAAACGCGGCCUUAACACGAUUGUUGAUAACAGUUGGUUGGCUUUUCACUAAGGUCGCGGUUAGUUUUUUCCUUGAUCGAUCCAAUUUUGCUCCCGAGCUGCUCAGGAACAGACUCUGUCAUUGAUUUGAUUAGUUAAACCAAAAAAAAAAAUGGAUAGAAUUGUUCAGUGGAAAAAUCAACUGCUACAAUAUGUAAAUCAAGCACAACAAUGGCUUCAACGGAUGUCAUCAACUCCACUUUACACUACUAUUGGCGUUGUAUCCCUAUCAACCAUCGUCAUUUUUUCAAUUCGUUGGUUGAAGCCAAGAAAAUCCAAUACUAUUAUUCUUGCUGGACUAAGUGGUAGUGGGAAAACCGUACUUUUCUAUCAGCUUCGAGAUGGUUCUUCACAUCAAGGAACUGUUACUUCGACGGAUACAAAUGAAGCCACUUUUGUGCUGCAAACUGAUCCCUUUUGGAAGGGAAAGCGAAGGCUCAUUCACUUGGUUGAUGUUCCUGGGCAAUCCCAUCUUCGAUCUAAACUUGAUAAAUACUUGCCCCAAGCAGCUGGCCUUAUUUUUUUGGUGGAUGGUUUAGAGUUUUUACGACAUUGCCCUGCAAUUGCUGAGUACUUGUUGGACAUCCUGACCAAUACUACCGUUGUGAAGAGAAAAAUCCCUGUGCUCAUCGUCUGCAACAAAACUGAUAAAGUAACUGCACAUACCAAGGAAUUCAUUCAAAAACUACUGGAAAGGGAAAUUCAAAAGCUGAGGGCAUCAGGAACUGCCAUUUCAGAAGCUGAUAUUGCUAAUGAGUACACACUUGGUGUAACUGGAGAAGCCUUUACCUUCUCCCAGUGCUGCAAUAUGGUUACUGUUGAAGAAGCUUCCGGACUGGUGGGCGAGAUAUCUCAGGUUGAGCAGUUCAUCACAAAGCACCUAAAGCCUUAGGCUCUGCUACAAUACCUUCAUUGAAAUCCUGUUUGCCAUUUCCAGAGGCAUGAAGUGUGAUAGCCCUUGUCUAUUGGAAGGCAGAUUUAUGGAUGAAUUUGAUCAUAGAAUGCUUGAAGUCAAUGCUGGUCAAUACCCGAUGAAUUAGAAGAAUUUGGAAAUCCAUAUGCAGAUCGAGUUUGGUUCGGUUGUAGAUCAUUUCCCAUGCUUUCAAUACAGAAGCUUUUAUCAUUUAAAUUUAUCGCAAAUUUAUUCUAAAUGCAUACUGCACAAACCAAACUGCCCAAGGCAGGCUAUGCUAAUUGAUACCUUUACUUACAGACAAGUGCCUUUUGCAAACUCCUCAGGCAAAUUGCAUUAAAGGGAGGCAAAAGCUGAGUUUUGGUUUUGUAUAAUGUCCUUUUGAUCCA